UGUAUCCCAGGAAGUAACUCAAUCGUUGGUGGGAGCCUAUCAGGAAGACCCUGUCAUGAUGGACAUCAUGCGCAAACUUCACGCAAAAGACAAGGCCACAGAAAGUGAGUUUGUGAUGGUGGAUGGGUUACUCUUUCUUGAUAAGGCCGGGUGUAAAAGAUUAGUAGUUCCAUCGAGUGAGAGUUUGCGUAGUUUAUUUCUAGGAGAAUGUCCUGAUGCAACCGGACACUUUGGCUACAAAAAGACGAGUGCCAAUCUAGUACAACGAUUUUGGUGGCCUGGAAUGCUAGAUGACGCAAAGAAGUAUGUAGAGACCUGUCAGGUCUGUCAGCGGGACAAGCCGCGAACUCAAGCACCGCUUGGGUUGCUGAAGCCCUUACCUAUCCCCGCUGGUCGAGGACAGAGUGUUUCCAUGGAUUUCAUGGACACCCUGGUGACCAGUAAGACUGGCAAGAGGCACAUUUUCGUCAUCAUUGAUCGAUUCACCAAGUACGCUAGACUAAUUGCCAUGCCAGAGACCGCCAGGACAGACCACGUCAUCAAGUUGUUUAUGGACAACUGGGUGCGUGAUUUUGGACUUCCAAAGUCAAUUGUUAGUGAUAGAGAUGUCCGAUUCACAAGUGAGUUGUGGAAGAAGACUGCUGAGCAGAUGGGCAGUCAACUUCAGAUGACUUCAGGGAAUCAUCCCGAAGCCAACGGGCAGGCCGAACAAAUGAACAGAGUUGUACAGCACUUGCUGAGGCAUUACAUCAAGCCAAGCCAGGAUGAUUGGGAUGAGAAGUUGCCUCUCAUCGCCAGCCUGUACAACAAUGCUGUACACAGCAGUACCGACGUCAGUCCUAAUCAGCUGCACUUGGGAUGGAAGCCUAGAUCAGCUCUAGACUUCCUCCUACCUGAGAACCGAUCCUCUGCAACUCCAGGCACACUUGAGUAUGGUGUGCAAUAUGAGAAGUUGCUACAGCAAGCUGUCGAGCACAUCAAGAAAGCUCAGCAAGCAAUGAUUGCUUCUGAGAACAAGCACCGACGACAGUCCUCGUUUCAGGUAGGGGAACGUGUCUGGGUCAAGGCUAGUGAGCUAGGUCAGGAAUUCGGGAUCUCUCGUAAACUAAUGCCACAGUAUUUUGGUCCUUGGGAAGUCCUGGAUGCAGUGGGGGAUGAGAUGGAUGGUCCUACCUAUGUUAUCCGUAUCCCUGGACCCCUACGCACUCACCUUGUCUUUCAUGUCUCAAAGCUUGCACCUUUCGCUGAGACAGAUCAAUUCCCUUCAAGGAGAUCGAUGCUGCCCCCAACCAUGGAUGGUCAAGUGGACAUCGACGACAUUGUGGAUCACAGAGAUCUGCCAGUUCAAAAGCCAUUGGGUAAAGGAAGACCUCCAAAACCCAAGCGGGAGUAUCGCGUCAGAUUCAUGCAUCAUGAUCCAAAGGAAGAUCGAUGGUUCACCGGAGAGGAAUUGAUUGACACAGCUCCUCAAGUGGUGGCAGAGUAUGAGAGAAUGUUAAAAGGGAAGGCACCUGCGAAGUAAGCAUCUCAGCGGACUUUCGAAGCUAAGGGGGAUGGAAUGUGAGGAUUGAGCCCUCAAGAAGGGGCCUUGCCAUGAUGUACAUGUUCUGGGCUAAGGCCCGAGC